AUGGCUGUAAGAGGGCUUUUUAUUGUCGUUGAGGGCAUCGAUCGAUCAGGAAAAUCUACUUUUGUGCGUGCUCUAGCUGCGAGACUGGGUAAUUCUGAAAUAAUGUCAUUUCCUAACAGGCAAACUCAAAUUGGUUCUAUGAUAAAUAGCUAUUUAACUAAUUCAAUACACAUGAGUGAUGAAGCAAUCCACUUGUUGUUUUCUGCAAACAGAUGGGAGUGCAAAGGCCUCAUUGAACAGACAUUAAAUGCUGGAAAAAACGUUAUCCUUGACAGAUACGCUUAUUCUGGAGUUGUUUAUUCUGCCGCCAAAGGGCUAGAUUUGGAAUGAUGCAUGGCUUCAGAUAUAGGACUUCUAAAGCCUGAUAUUGUGCUCUACUUAAAGCUUGACCCAAGAGAAGCUCAAUUAAGAGGAAACUUUGGAGAAGAGAGAUAUGAGUACUUGGAUUUGCAGAAGAAAGUUAGUGAUAAUUAUGAUAUGUUGAUGGGGAAGAUAAAUAACUGUAAAGUACUUGAUGCAGCACUGCCAACUGAGUCUUUAUUGGAGUUGGCAGAAUUAGGAAGUGUAGAUACGACUAAAGCAUUAGAAAAAUUAUGGUAA